AUGACCCUGGGGCCUGAAGGGGAAAUUGGAGGCUCCUUCCCGCACCCCUCCAUUCCUCCUUUCAGCACUAGGAGCCGCUUCAAGGAUGAUACUUUGAAAGACGUGGGGCGCGGCGCCCGGGAGCAGGUGUGCAGGAGCGCGGCGCGCGGCGAGCGCAGCCCUCGCCCCGGAGCCCGGCCGCGCCGCGUGCCCAGGCGGCCCAGGCGGCUCGGCGGCGGCGGCAGCGGCGGCGGGCGGGCGGCGGCCCCCGGGCAGGUGGCGAGCGAGCGGAGCCGGGCGGAGCGCGGGGGGCGAGGCCGGCGCGUCGCUCGCGGGAGGCCGGGGAGCAGCAGGGGCAUGUGGAUACUGGCCCUCUCCUUGUUCCAGAGCUUCGCGAAUGUUUUCAGUGAGGACCUCCACUCCAGCCUCUACUUUGUCAAUGCAUCUGUGCAAGAGGUAGUGUUCGCGAGCACCACGGGGACCCUGGUGCCCUGCCCGGCUGCAGGCAUCCCUCCUGUGUCUCUCAGAUGGUACCUGGCGACAGGCGAGGAGAUCUACGAUGUCCCCGGGAUCCGCCACGUCCACCCCAACGGCACUCUCCAAAUUUUCCCCUUCCCUCCUUCGAGCUUUAGUACCUUAAUCCAUGACAAUACUUACUAUUGCACAGCUGAGAAUCCUUCAGGGAAAAUUAGAAGUCAGGAUGUCCACAUCAAGGCUGUUUUACGGGAGCCCUAUACAGUCCGUGUGGAGGACCAGAAAACCAUGAGAGGCAAUGUCGCGGUCUUCAAGUGCAUUAUCCCCUCCUCGGUGGAGGCGUACAUCACCGUCGUCUCAUGGGAGAAAGACACUGUUUCACUCAUCUCAGUCUUUGAGUGA